AUGCUCUUUGGCUCGCAGUACGACGACGAGGAGGAGGAGGAGGGAGGAACCGAUCAUAGCGGGAGCCCCACGACGCCCUUGCCGCUGUUACUUCAGACACCGCGCACGAAAACCGCUCGCGUGUCGUCUACUCGAGCCUCUCGUAAACAAGGAGCCAAGAGCGUCAGUCGUAACGACCGAGCACGGACGAGUUUACCUGGUGCAGCUGCUGCUGUUAUUGCAGCAGGACCGAGCAGUCCCACGCAGUCACUCGACUCGACGACGUCGUCAUCCGCGUCGACGGCGUCCUACUCGCUCAUGCACCAUCAGCGCAAUGGCAAUAACUACAACGCCAAUACUGCAAAUGUUGACGGUACUGUGAGUACACCGAGGAACACUGUGAAGUUUCACGGCAACAGUUACAGCACCAAUUCCAGCAGGAGCAGUGGUACGCUGAAUAGUCCGUCGCUCCUGCUCAAGACGCGACGACGGAGCACGAAGAAGAAAGGCGACCGAGCAAGCAAGAUGUUCAAGCGACCAGUGGACCGUCACUGCAUGUAUCCGAGUGUCUGGAAGCAGCUGCACUUUGCGAAAAAGAUUGUGCAGCUGGCAACAAAUUUGAGUGAAAAACCAGUAUGCGUGACAGGUGUCGACGGCUUCUUGGCGUCCUGGAUCGUGUGCGAGCUGCUGAACCGCGGCUAUCGUGUGCGAGGUACUGUACAGAAUGGCAAGGACGAUGUGUAUGGCUUGCUGCAGCUACCGAAUGCAAGCAAAAACUUCUCGGUCGUUGAGACGUCACUUUUGACACCUGAGGCUUGCGAUAUGGCUGUCCAAGGGUGCGACUUUGUCAUCCACACGGGUACCCCAUCGUCCUGCUCAGUGCGAGACCCACUGUCGGAACAACAGGAACCAGGAGUGCACAGCGUUGGUAGCCGAAUGCACUGCAUCAUUCCCAUGAUGACAAACUUUAUUCAGGCAUGUGCACGUUCGCGCAUUAAAAGGGUCGUCCUCACCUCGUCCAUUGCUGCUAUGGCGGACUCGGUAACACCAGAUUCGAUCAUUAAUGACGCUUGCUGGAAUGUGACUUCGUCGUUAGAGAAAAAUCCACAUUACUUGAGCUUGAAGCUAGCGGAGGAAGCUGCGUGGCAGCUUGUGGAUCAAUUGCCUAGCGACCGUCGGAUUGAUUUAGUGACGAUGAAUCCCGGUACGUUGUUCGGUCCGAUGCUUUUGAAGUCAAAACUCGCGCCCGGAAAUCAAGUUAUAUACGACUUGAUUACAGGCAAAUAUUCGGCUUUGUUGGAUUUGAAUUGGAGUAUGGUCGACGUCCGUGACUGUGCUGUGGCGCAUAUUGCGGCUCUGGAGACGAAUGAUGCUCGCGGGCGGUACAUCUGCGUCAACAGAAGCGUGUGGAUGAAGGACAUUGUGGAUGUGCUAUCUAAUAAUGGUUACAGUGGCCGUGAUUUGCCGUGGAAGGUGGGCCUGCCUAGCUGGGUCGGGCGCCUACCAGCAUACUCAGUUCAGCUCGGCCAAGUCGGCGCUUCGCUGUACGCCUACGAUCCCAACUCUGUGCGACCGUCGCCGUAUUUAGGCGACAAGUUAGUGGAGCACCUUAACAUCCGUUUCCGCUCGGUUGACUCGACGAUCGUGGAGUCUGCAAACGAUUUGCUGAAGUGGGGCCUUAUUAAGCCUUGGGCAGAGGAUCAUGAGGCGGUGAGAUGCGGUUGCUGUCACGUUCCGUUCACGUUCUACCGGCGUAAACAUCAUUGUCGGGAAUGCGGCGUCAUAAUUUGCAACGACUGUUCCAUGUCUCGAGCAGUUGUGGAGGGAUCCGCAGGUCGCGCGCGGUUGUGUGAUAAGUGUGUCGAGGGAUCGAUUCCCGAUCUUCUUGAUUUGUUGAGGGAUGAAGAUCCGAACAAGAAGCGAACAGCGGUGAUCGCAUUGGAAUCUUUGAUGGAGAAUCCGCUCAAUCAUGAUUACAUCACUCGUUUUGGCGGAAUCUUGCUGUUAAUGGACGCAAUCCAUCACCAUGACGAAUCGAUUUCGUCACACGCUGCUGGCGCGCUAUGCGCAUUGUCUUGCAACGUGGCUAGCACACUUCAGAUGGUGCUCGAGGGAGCAGUUUUACAGAUGCUGGAGGUGGAAGAAAUGCUUAGUACGUGGGCUGUUUGCUUGGAAGCACUUCGUAACAUCUGGAAGCAGAUUAACCGACAAGACUUUCGGCGGAUGCUCCAUGCUGUCGCCCGUGUUUCUGCUGACGCCAACAUCGGGGAACUUCGUGGUAACAUCUUGCUUACGUUCGUGCACAUGAUGGAUGCCGAGGAGGUUGUAAGUCUUCUAUCCGAAGGCCUGAUAUCAGUGUUAUACCACAUGCUACAGUCGACAGCGGAGUUUCCCCGCUGUGCUGCAGCACACGCGAUAAAGCAUUUGGUGCCUGCAGGUUAUGAUCCGGACGUGACGAUCGAUGUGCCGCCGUAUCUUGUGGAUGACCAUGAAGAGCUGUUCCUGAAUUCAUCCUUGUCAGAUCUGCAGUUUCUCGUGAAGGGCCACAUUGCUCCGAUCAAUGCUCACAAAGUCGUCCUAUUCUUCCGCAAUUCGUAUUUCAAGAACGUGGUGAGGUUUGGAUCAUCCAGUCAAACAGCAGUGAUUGAAGUAGACAAUUGCAGCUACGAAGUUUUCUCUAUCUUGCUACGCUUCCUGUAUACCGGCAAAGUCGACAUAACUCCAGACGUGGCUGAAGAGCUGCUGCGAGCGUCCUCCUUCUAUUGCGUGUACGAGCUGCAAAAGCGUACAGAAGCUUUCCUGAGUGGCCAGAUUUGCGUGGAGAAUGUCGUGGACCUGUUGACGUUGUCUGAAGAAUGCAACGCCGAUGAUUUAAAGAAGAACUGUGUACCGUUCUUGAUGCGACACAUCCAUGAGAUCGUGCGCCUGCCGGCGUUUGAAGAGCACCGCGUACGGUCGAGCGAGGAAGUGCUGAAGGCUUUGACGAACAUGCUGGGGUCGGAGUGGGAAUCAAGCUACGCGAAGUUCAAGCAGUCCAUUGGAGCGGAGGACAAAGGAAGAAAGGAAGGGUCUGGCAAUGUCGAGAUGACGCGCGAACAGCAAAAGUCACAGCCGGUCGUGCACCAGGUGAACGAUUUCCAGGAAUCGCCGCUGUCGCCGCGUUUCUUGCUAUCCCCCGUGCCACCGCCGGGUGUUUCUCGGAAUGUGUCCGCAUUUGCCACGGAUUCGCCACGACUGAAUACUGUUGGUGAAGACAAGUCGAUCAAGAGCUUUCACUUUAUGAAAACCUUUGGCAACGAGGACGUGCUUUUUCGACGUUCGCGCAAUCUGUCGGAGGAUAUCUCGGAGGGGUUAUCAGAAGGCGUGUGCUAG